CGUUUGCGGCUGCGGCGGCUGUGACGGUGUUUGUGUGUCGUCUUCUUUUAUCAAUCAGGAGUUUCAUCACAGUUUGAUCAGAGACUCAGUCAAAUUCUUUGAUCCUAAAUGGCUGGUUUUGAUGACAAUGUUGCUGUAAUGGGAGAAUGGGUGCCUCGUAGUCCUAGUCCCGGGACGCUCUUCUCCUCAGCUAUUGGAAAUGAGAAGAGCUCGAAACGUGUUCUUGAAAGAGAGUUAUCUUUGAAUCAUGGUCAAGUUAUUGGUUUAGAAGAAGACACUAGUGGUAAUCAUAACAAGGAUUCUUCACCAACCAAUGUUUUUCGAGGUGGUCUCAGCGAAAGAAUUGCUGCAAGAGCUGGAUUUAAUGCUCCGAGGUUAAACACUGAGAAUAUCCGCUCCAACACUGACUUUACCAUUGACUCGAGUCUUCGGUCUCCUUGCUUAACCAUCUCUUCUCCUGGCCUUAGCCCUGCGACACUCUUGGAAUCUCCUGUUUUCCUUUCUAACCCAUUGGCUCAACCUUCUCCAACUACCGGGAAAUUUCCGUUUCUUCCUGGUGUUAACGGUAAUGCAUUGUCUUCUGAUAAAGCGAAAGACGAGUUCUUUGAUGAUAUUGGAGCAUCUUUCACCUUCCAUCCUGUUUCAAGAUCAUCUUCCUCUUUCUUCCAAGGCACAACAGAGAUGAUGUCAGUUGAUUAUGGUAACUACAGCAAUAGAUCUUCUUCUCAUCAAUCCGCAGAAGAUGUAAAACCUGGCUCUCAAAAUAUAGAAAGCUCCAACCUUUAUGGGAUUGAAACUGACAAUCAAAAUGGGCAGAACAAGACAUCUGAUGUCACUACAAACACCAGUCUUGAAACUGUGGAUCAUCAAGAGGAAGAAGAAGAGCAAAGACGAGGUGAUUCGAUGGUUGGUGGUGCGCCUGCAGAGGAUGGAUAUAACUGGAGGAAAUACGGACAAAAGUUAGUCAAAGGAAGUGAGUACCCGCGAAGCUAUUACAAGUGUACAAACCCGAAUUGUCAGGUGAAGAAGAAAGUUGAGAGAUCAAGGGAAGGUCACAUCACAGAGAUUAUAUACAAAGGAGCUCAUAAUCACUCUAAACCUCCACCGAAUCGCCGCUCAGGGAUGCAAGUAGAUGGAACUGAACAAGUUGAACAACAACAACAGAGAGAUUCUGCUGCAACGUGGGUUAGUUGUAAUAGCACUCACCAACAAGGUGGAAGCAAUGAGAACAAUGUCGAAGAGGGAUCUACGGGAUUCGAAUAUGGAAACCAAUCUGGAUCGAUUCAAGCUCAAACUGGAGGUCAAUACGAGUCAGGUGAUGCUGUGGUUGUGGUUGAUGCUUCAUCGACAUUCUCUAACGAUGAAGAUGAAGAUGAUCGAGGGACACAUGGAAGUGUUUCUAUGGGUUAUGAUGGAGGAGGUGGGGGAGGAGAAGGAGAUGAAUCUGAGUCGAAAAGAAGGAAACUAGAAGCUUAUGCAGCAGAGAUGAGUGGAGCAACAAGAGCCGUACGUGAACCAAGAGUUGUUGUGCAAACAACGAGUGAUGUUGACAUUCUUGAUGAUGGCUAUCGCUGGCGGAAAUAUGGUCAGAAAGUUGUCAAAGGAAAUCCAAAUCCCAGGAGUUAUUACAAAUGCACAGCUCCUAAAUGUACAGUGAGAAAACAUGUUGAAAGAGCUUCUCAUGAUCUCAAAUCCGUUAUAACAACUUACGAAGGCAAACAUAUCCAUGAUGUCCCCGCUGCACGCAACAGCAGCCACGGAGGCGGUGGCAGCGUUAACAGUAACAGUGGCGGUUCAGCUGCUGUUUCUCACCAUUACCACAACGGUCAUCACACAGAGCCGCCACGUGGGAGAUUCGACAGACAAGUCACAACGACUAACCAGUCUCCUUUUGGACGUCCGUUUAGCUUUCAGCCACAUUUGGGUCCUCCUUCGGGUUUCUCGUUCGGUUUAGGACAAGCCGGUUUGGCUAAUCUUUCAAUGCCUGGUUUAGCGUAUGGUCAAGGGAAAAUGCCGGGUUUGCCUCACCCGUAUUUGACACAACCGGUUGGGAUGAGUGAAGCAAUGAUGCAGAGAGGGAUGGAACCAAAGGUCGAACCGGUUUCGGAUUCAGGACAAUCGGUAUAUAACCAGAUCAUGAGUAGAUUACCUCAGAUUUGAAUUUUACUAUUCUGCAUUUGGUCGGUCCGUAUAAUAACUUUUAUGUUUUUCU